AUGCAGCCUGCAUCGCGCCCUGCGUCCACCUCUACGCGUCCUACUGCCUCGCCUAACCCACGGCCGCAGUACCAGGUAAACACCGAGACAAAAGUCUUCGACACCUCCCAUGGCCGUCUUCUUUGUAUUGCAGACAUUCGCGGUCGUCUUUCUGCCCUCAACGAUCUCGCGCGAGAGGCAAAUGCGUCUGCUAUCAUUCACACUGGGGAUUUUGGGUUCUUUGAGGCCUCCAGUUUGGACAGAAUCAAUGAUAGGACCCUUCGCCACCUCACCAUGUACUCGCCGCUCAUACCGACCGCCCAACGGAACCACCUACUCGCGCCGGAAAACCCGCCGUCUGUCAUUCGGUCAACGGUGCAGGUGCAGCUGCUCUCCGAAUUCCCGUUGCUCCUCUCCGGCCAAAUCAAACUACAAGUUCCUGUGUACACCGUCUGGGGCGCGUGCGAGGAUGUGACGGUGCUUGAGAAGUUCCGCACUGCGCAAUACGAAAUCAACAACUUGCACGUCCUUGACGAGGCCACGACACGCUGCCUCGACAUUGGCGGCGUGAAGCUGCGCCUCCUUGGGUUGGGAGGCGCGCUUGUGCCACACAAGAUGUUUGACAAUGGAGACGGGAGCGCGACGAUUGCGGGCGGGCAGGGCACGAUGUGGACGACGGCGCUGCAGAUGGGUGAGCUUGUGGACACGGCCCAGCGAGUGUUCGACCCGACGGAGACGCGUAUGCUCGUGACGCAUGCGAGCCCUGGGCGGGAGGGUAUCAUCAACCAACUCGGGCUUGUGCUCAAAGUAGACCUCGCGAUCUCUGCGGGGCUGCACUUCCGGUACGCAUCAUCGUACAACGAGUUCAGCGUGCAGGGUGACUUUGAGGGUCUGCGGCACAAGCUGCUCGUCGGCAAGGAGGGCUUCGACAAGGUGUGGGACAGCGUGAAGACGCAGGUGGACGCUGUCAUCGACGAGAACCAGCGAGUGCUGCUCGACAAGGCGCUCUCCGUUGUCGAGCGGAUACCUGCACCGACGAACCAGCCCGGUCCGAACGGGCAGUUCCCCCAGGAAGAGCCCGCAUGGAAGAACUGCUGGAACUGGAACCUGUGCGACGCGGCAUACGGCUCACUCAUUCUCGAUAUCAAAGACGGUCGAGUGAGCGCAGAGUUGAAGAGCCAAGGGUUCAACUACGCAUAUCGCCGCACGGUGACACCCUCCACCGCGGGCCCGACACCGGGUUCUGCUACGUCCCCCCUGCCAACAACUGGCGCUAGCAGCGGUGGCGCAGCCACACCUACAGUGGCCACCAAGCCGUCAGGUACCCCCGUCCCUGAGAGACCGGUACCGCCCCACAUGAACGCCGCGAGCAAAUCAACUGCCUCAACGCCGCCACCGCCCAACGCGCCUAGCUCGGGUCGCGAGACGCCCAAGGACGCGAAAACCAACGGCGGCCCAAGCCCUGCGGACAAGGCUGAGCGGGAGCGUGCAAAGAAGGAGCGGAAGAAGGAGCGGAAGCAGCAGGAGCGCGCUGAACGUGAGGCUGCUACUGUCACGAAGGAGAAGGAGGGCGGCAGCAAACCCCCCACUCCGUUGCCAGAGGCCGCGAGUAGUCCACCACCGCCUGGUCAGGCGAAGUCUGGCAAGGGAACUCCUGAUCUUCUCGGAGAUGUCAAGAACGAUGACGGUGGCUUGACCUCACCGGCGACCGAGAGCACAGGCGCACGGACUCCGACAAGCCGGCGGCCGCCACGGAACCCUUGGACGAUCUUCAUGCGCAUGGCUGAGCCCGCCAGCGAGCAAGAAGUGCGAGAGUUCUACGGGGAGGCGAAGGCUGGGAUCACCAAGGUCACCUAUCCGCAGAACUUCCCAGGGCGGCAGCAGAAGAUGUGCUAUGUGGAGUUCGGCGAUGAAGCGGCGAUGAAGGCAGGCCUCGAGAGGCAGGGCGAUAAACUGAAGGACUUCGUCCCCGAGCUCAAGCAGGCGACGGACAAGGAGUCACGCAAUGCAGAAAACGGCGGCCCGCCACGUGGAGGGUUCCGUGGAGGGUUUCGCGGGCGGGGCGGAUUCGCAGCUCGCGGUCUGUCUGCCGCAGGAUUGACGAGGGGAAAUGGGUUCGAUAGGAAGGGCAACGGCGAUGCACCGUCCGGCCCACCCAAACCGGAAGGGUCAUAG